AUGGCGGCCGGACUGCCGAGCGUGGCUCCUUUUGCAAAGGGGAUGGACUUUAGCCGGUGGCUGAAGGGUCUGGAAUUCUACGCCGAGGCGAUGGACAUAACAGACGACCGGCGGCGGACUGCAGUCCUGCUCCAUCUAAUGGGGCCGGACAUCCAGGACGUGUUCGACACCCUGCCGGAGCCGGCUGCAACGGCUGCAACGUCACAAUACGACACCGCUGUGGCUAAACUACGCCAAUAUCUGCAGCCGACGUCUAACCUUAUGGCGGAACGUGUAACGUUCCACCGCACGAGCAUGUACGCCGGCGAGUCAUUCGACGCGUACCUGGCUCGUUUGCGGGCGGUGGCUGGGCGGUGCGGGUUCCCGGCGGCUGACCUCGACCGUGAGCUCCGGGACAGGAGCGUGGCCGGCGCGACUCCACAAAUUCAGGAGCGACUGUUGCAGACGGUCGGAACCAAAGGAGAUAACUUUUCACUGCAAGAUCUGCAGGCUACGGCUCGUGCAUACGAGCAAACGCAAAUGCUAGUGACGCAGUUCCGUAAUGCGUCUCUGAGCACGGACGGCGUCGGACGGUCAACUACCGCAUUGGACGAGCGGCCAGAGGUCGAUGUGGUGACCUCGGGGCCGGAUCAGCUUAACGCUGUCCGGCCACAGCGCACGGCUGACGGUAACCGGAGCCGCCAGCGGCGCACGGUCCGCUGCUACCGCUGCGGUGCGGCGGGACAUUUUCAGCGGGACUGUCAGGACAGCCGACGCCCGGAUGAGUCAGCGCGUGCGGCACCAGCGUCACGGCGGCCGACGGGGCCGGGGCGCCGGGAAUCUGACACUCGUGGGUCCGACGGGGUCAGACCGGCACCGGAGACGCGGCGGUGCUACCGCUGCAAGCAGAUCGGACAUCUGCGCAGUCAAUGCCGACAGCGGACUGCCACGGCGGGCAUGUGGGGGCUGGGGCAGAUAAACGCUGUUAACCUAACGGAGGCGGUUAAAAUGACUUUACCGGUGAACGGGGUGGCCAUCAAAAUGGUGGUGGACACCGGCAGCCCUAUCACUGCUGUGGGGCGGGACACGGUCAUCCCGCGGCUGCGACUGAAACCUACUCAGCUACAGCUGUCGUCAUUCACUGGUCACCGGAUCCCUCUCCGGGGUGAGGCAGACGUCUCUGUAAGGUUUCGCGGUCGGGACCAUCGACUGCGACUGGUCGUGGUGGACCUGCCUGGCGAUCGCCGUCUGCUAGGCCGCGACUGGCUGCGGGCUCUGGACAUCAGUGUGGGCGGCGGAGAGACGGCGGUGAUGGACGUCACGCCGGACCGAGGGACGGCGGACCUGGAGGCGGUCUGUAACAGGCACAAGUCGGUGUUUGACGGCACACCGGGGCGCAUCAGUGGAGUAAAGGCGCACCUGACACUGAAACCGGAUGCACGGCCGGUGUCACGGCCGGUGCGCUCGCCUCCAUAUGCACUGAAACCGGCCGUCGAGCAGGAGCUCGACCGCUGGGUGCAGGCCGGGAUCGCGGAAAAAGUCGGUCCAAACGACGCGCCCGGCUGGGGAACACCACUGGUGACGGUGCCACGGGCUGAUGGCGGUGUGCGUCUGUGCGGUGAUUAUCGACUAACGGUAAACCCGCAGCUGCAAAUGGCGACGCAUCCUACGCCAUCCGCCGAGGACAUCUUUGCGAGCGUCCGAGGACGGCGGUUCUGCAAACUGGACCUGAAAGACGCCUUCCUGCAGCUGGAGCUCGCGGAGGAAUCGCGGGAUAUGACAACAGUCGUCACGCACCGAGGACGGUAUCGGAUGAAAUCCCUACCGUUCGGCAUAUCGGCGUGCAGUUCGGUGUUUCAGGCAGCAAUCGAUCACAUCCUGGAUGGCAUAGACGGGUGUGUGGCCUAUCAAGACGAUCUGCUGGUGACGGCGGCGAACAUGACAGACCUGUGCGUGCGCUUGGAUGAAGUGCUAACUCGGCUGGAAGCUCAUGGAGUGAAGCUGAAACGGGAGAAGUGUCAACUUGGCCUCGACGAGGUGCAGUACCUCGGCUGGCGCAUCUCAGCACAGGGGCUGCGUCCAGUACACGAGAAAGUUGACGCAGUGAUCGACAUGCCGGACCCUAAGGAUGUGAAAAGUCUGCGCAGCAUCUUGGGGAGCAUCAACUACUACCAGCGGGUGCUUCCCAACCUCUCCACGGAACUAGCGCCGCUGUACGAUCUCUUACAGAAGGGCGCCACGUGGAAAUGGACUAAUGUGCACAAAAACGCACUGGUCAGAGUGCGGAAACUGCUGGCAGGGGACACAGUCCUAAAGCGGUACGAUGCAGAGGCGCCGCUCAAGCUCGUCACAGAUAGCAGUGAAGUCGGCGUGGGAGCCGUGCUUCUGCAGCCUGACGAGGAAGGACUGGAGCGUCCGGUAAUGUACGCCUCUCGGACACUCACAAAAACGGAGAGGAAGUAUCCGAUGGUAGAGAAGGAGGCGCUGGCGGUGUCUUUCGCCGUCAAGCGUUUCGGUCAGUUUCUCUACGGCCGGAGGUGGACCCUGGUCACGGACAACAGGGCGCUGUCGCGCAUCUUGAGUCCGGAGCGUGAGCUGCCAACGCUGGCUGCGGCCAGGCUACAGCGGUAUGCGCUGCAGCUCGCGGCUUUCACCUACGAUGUGGAGCUGCGUCCAUCAGAAGACAUGCACCUGGCGGACAGUCUGUCUCGUAUGGCAGUGCCAGGCGGAGAGGUCGAGCCAGCGGACGCUGAGGACAACACCAGCGGCGGCUCGUAUCUGCUGUUCAUGGACGGUGUAGCUCCAGUUCUGACGGCCAAACAACUCGCGGCGGCGACACGCCGCGAUCGGGUACUGUCGCGCGUCCUGACGUACGUGCACAGUGGGUGGCCCGGACAGGUGGAGCAGGAGCUGGCCCCGUUCCGUCAGAGGCGGGAUGAGCUCUCCACGGACCUGGGAUGUCUGCUCUGGGGUGGCAGGACGGUGGUUCCCCACUGCCUUCGGCAACAGGUGCUGGCAGAGCUGCACCAAGGUCACCUGGGCAGCGCCAAAAUGAAAGGUGUGGCGCGCCGAUACGUAUGGUGGCCGGGCAUGGACGCCGAGCUGGAGGCCCUGGCGCGUGACUGCGCGGCUUGCAUGGCAGUCAUCACCGCCCGGACGGGCCCGCUGUCGUUCGAAGUGGACGUGGGGAGCGCGAUCUGGUCGCGGCACGCCGACCAGCUGCGUCUGGCGGGCACCCAACAGGCUGCUGCAGCGCCCGAUGGCGCGGAGGAAAUCAGCCGGCAGCCGACGGUGGCAGCACCGAACCGUACUGGACAGGUUCCGGUGGCACCCACAGGGAUUGGCGAACCACCGGUGACCAUCAGACCGGGGGUCAUCGUCGGGACAGGUGUGACCGGCGGGUCGGAAACGACGGUCAGGUCACCGGCCACAGACGGACCAGAGGCGACGGGCAAUGAUGCUGUGACAGCACCUGCUACCGCUACCGGUGGCAGCUCCGAGGAAGCGCAGGUAGCUGCAGGCGGCGACGCUGGUGCCGAGGAGGCGCAGGUCAGCAGAGGUGGCGGUGUGACCUCAUCGGCGACAGGAACAGGAGCUGGAUCAGCAACUGGAGGCAUCGCUCAGCGUGUUUCCGCCAGGCAGCGGAAGCAGCCACGUCGCCUCAUAGCCGAAAUGUGA